AUGGGUCAUAAGGGAGUAGGAGAGGGCAGCCCGCAAGAUCCAGCUACCCAACUUUGUUAUCUUUUGACAUCCACAGAUCUGAAAGAAUAUUUCUUAUGUUUGGCAUCUUUACUGGUUGAUUUUAUUUGCAGAGAAGGGGUUCUAGUGAAAUGUGAGGCAUGUGGUGUAAUUGAAGUGAAUUCCAGUCUUCCAGGAUUACCAGAAUUGACCUUGUCAUUUGCUAAUCCCACCCUUAUCAAUGAUGUGAGGUUCCACCCUUGUGUCAGAUUCAGACCUUGGGAGUCCAAUCAGAUCCUAUCAUUUGUUCCUCCUGAUGGGCAGUUCAAGCUUAUGAGUUAUAGGGUUAAGAAACUGAAGACCACACCAAUUUAUGUGAAGCCACAGUUAUCAUCUGAUUCUGGGAAUUGCCGUGUCAAUGUGAUGGUUGGGAUACGGAAUGAUCCUGGAAAACCUAUUAAUUCUAUAACAGUGCAGUUUCAGUUGCCUCCACCUGCUACGGCCCUUGAUUUUUAUAUUAUUAGUACUAAACAACUGCGUCUGGAAUGGACGGCUCGUGAGUACAAAUCUAAGCUUUAG